AUGUCUAACGGCCCGGUCAACAAGCAAAGAGAGGCCGCAGCACCCUUUCGGGAUGGCGAAUCAGACAGCAUGGACAUAAAUAAGGACAGCAGGCCAGAACACUCGCCUUACGCCAGCCAAGUCUGUGCGGUAUACUUCCAAGGAAAUGGACCCCUCCAUAUCCCUCAUGCACUCCUACAUCAGAGUGUCGAGCUUGCUUCCCGAAACGUCGCGGCAGGCUGUUUCUCUUCGUCAUCACGCGACCUUCACUUGAACGAUAUCGACUACAAUACCGGCCAUGUCCUUAUUCACUUUAUGGCCACCGGCAGGUAUCAAUGCCUGAAGCCACAGGGAGAGACCAUUAUGAUAAGCUAUGCAUCCGAAUUUACAACUGCACUCCGCGUGUACGCCGCAGCCCAAUCCUUUCAAUUGACCUCUCUUCGUGAUCUGGCAAGAAGGGAGAUAAUCGCACUAGGGGACAGGUUGAGCUUACCUUCCUUGGUUAAUAUCAUUGAAGAGUCAAGUCUGUCAUUUCACACUUUGCCGGGAAUAGCCGCGUAUGUUGAGUCGCGCAUCCUUGCUUUUGCGGAGAACAUUACCUAUCCAACUUCAGAAAAGGUACUCUCUGAGAUUGGAACUCCCAAUACGCUCAGCAUGGUACUUUUGAAGGCUAUUCUACUACUCCAAACUUCAAAAGUAUCUUUAUGUAAUAAUUCACUUCGGAAGGAGGAACUCAAAGAGAUUCUCCGAGGUCUCAGCGAUACCGGACCCGUAGUAAAAGGCAAGGCUUCGGAUGUGGAUCGAGUUAUGAGGGAAGCUGAGGAGCAAGCAGCUAAGAGGGCCGCAGAUACAGCUGCUAAAGAAGCGGAAAAGGCUGCAGCUGCCGCUGUUGCCGUGGCGCAAAGAAUUGCUGAGGCUCAGGAGACUGAAGCUGAAGCAGCCCAUGAAGAGGAGGAAAUUGCUUUCUUAUUAGAAAAGAAGGCACGCAAAGGAGGCAGGCUUCUCACAUCAGACCGAGAGAGGCUUUCCGCACUCGAGCAUAAUGCAACAAAGAGAGCUGAAGCUCGAGCUGCUCGUGACAUUGCGGAAGCAAAAACUACCCACGCAUUAAGUGCCCCCGCAGCAGACAAGGUCGAUCUGUCUGAGCCAUCAUUUACAUUUCCCACACUAGAUGAUGACUACAACUCAGUGAAGCCGUCUGUUGACAAGGACAUCCCGGCUCCCGACCAGCCCCACACCAAGAACAAAAAUGAGAGCUUUGCGGAGCAUGCAACCUCGAAUAGCCCUUCAUCGAAUGACAAUGAUUGGCAGUGUAUGGGAAUUUCUCCAUCCUCAGCAUCUGAUGAUUUCGAUCUGAUAGGAUGA